CGUCCUGAUACGCGCAAACGAGAAGAAGAAAAUAUAACCAUGGCGGACUAUAAUGGGGAUUAAGCUGCUAGACAACAGCUUCGAAAUUGUCAGAUACGCCCCACGGUUACCAUCCACGUUUAUUUCCGAAAACAAUCAGUACUUGUUCAUUUUUAUGGAGGUUGACAAAACACUGAGCACGCUCUCUACGUGUGAGGUUAUUGCGCCCUCUGGUGCGCAUGCGGGACAUUUCAGGUCGUUGCAGUUCACACUGGAGAUCAUAUACGAGUCGCAAGGUGGUGGUUACCAGAGCAACCAAAAGCUGUCAGCUCGUCCCCUUGUUGUCUGUAACUGCGGGACAGACGCUGCUGGACUGAUCCGCCAACUUCAUCUUUUUCCUGUUAAUGAGCUGAUGGAAGGAUAUAAGAGAGUGAUGGCAGCCCUGUCUGAGAACCUGCUUACAGUCAGCAUGUUACUGUGUGUCUUUUUUCUUCCAGGAGUUCAGACUGCAUGUCAUUCGACACACAAGGGAAUCAACAUUUCUGCUCCAAGGCAUCUUGCCUCUCUGAGUGGAUCCUGUCUGCUAAUUCCAUGUAGCUUUACUGACAACAAGACAAUGAAGUUUGACGGCAGAAGAAAAACAUUUGGAAUCUGGAUAAAAACUUCAACCUUGAUUGGCGCUUAUCCACAGAAUACAGUUUACAACAGCAGUUGGUCAAAAAGCAAAUAUGGAAUCAACAUAAUUGGAAGUCUGAGUGAGAAAAACUGCACAACUGUGUUUUCUCAUAUGAUUCAAAGCAAUACAGGUAGAUACUUCUUCCAAGUUGAAAGUGGGCUGUUUAGAUCAAUUGCUACCUGUGAUCCGGUUCAAAUAACAGUUAACGAUUCUGCUUGGAGCCCCAGGAUUGAAAUCUCAGGUGUCAUGAAGGAGAAAAACUCUGUCACCGUAACGUGCUCAGCUCUCACUCCCUGUCCAUAUUCACCUCCUGAACUCACCUUGAACCUCCAACCAAACCCUCACAGACAGAUGGAGAGGAACACAGAUGGAACGUUUACAACUACAAUCCAGCAGAACAUCACUCUGUCAGAGAUCCACGAUGGUCACAACAUCAUCUGCUUCGCCAGAUAUCCCGUGGCUGGAGGAAAACACAAGACAGCAAAUGCAGAAGUGACUCUCAGUGUUUUCUCUGCUCCCAAAAACACCUCAGCAUGGAUCACUUUAGCAAAAGGUAAAUGGGUGGAGCUGCGUUGCUCCAGCAGAGCCAAUCCUCCCGUCAGCAUCUUCACCUGGUUCGAGAACACCACAAAUGGAGCAGUGAAAUCAGGUGAAGGAGAAAAUUAUGGAGUCCAGGUCACUGAGGAAAAAACCUACUACUGUGUGGCCACGAAUGAUGUUGGUAGUCAAACAUCACCAGAGAUUCAUCUGACUCUUCCAACAAUAGAGAUUGAACUGUCUAAUGAAGUUCUUGGAAGACAAGCUUCCAGAGGAAGUAGAGAUGCUGAUGGGCCUUCCUGGCCAGACAGGAGGUGUUGGCACUCUAGGCGAGGUCUGUGGAUAUUUGCACACCCAGGAAUUGAUAGUUCUAAAGUUCAAAUUCCAAUUCUGACUGGAUUAGGGGUUAUGAUGCUUGUCUGCCUGCUCGCAAUCAUCAUUUGGUUUCACAAGAAGAGAUCUGGAACUCCAUAACAGCUUGGUGGAGAUUUCAUUUACUGACUAACUGGGCAUUGAAUUGUGAGCCAGUAAAACUGAGGGAGCUGUUUAACAUGAGGAUCUAAACUUCUUGAUAAAACAUCUUCCUCCAUGCAUAGCAGCAGGCAGCGACAGGAGACAACGUACACACAGAUCUCCAAGACAAAAAGCAGCUCAGCAGUCUGACUGCCCAGAGGUCAUCAACACACAAGGGAAUAAACACUGACCUAUUUUGGAUAAAGACA